GCGGGCAGGGCGGACAAAAGGCGCCGGAGCGGCGUAAGGGAGGGUGGGUGCCGCGGGCAGGUGGGUGCGGUGGGUUCCCGGCACGGCCGCGGCGGGCAGGGAAACUGUUCCCAUGGCUUGUGGGGAGUGCAGCGCUUCAGCACUCGCUCGGGAUCCAGCAAGUAGGAAUAUCAGCCCCUUCCAGCACAGAGAACUGACGUGCAGAUAGCAGAACCCUGCUGCAAGGUGAAUCAUGAUUCCAGUCACCGAGCUGCGCUACUUCGCCGACACCCAGCCGGCCUAUCGCAUCCUGAAGCCGUGGUGGGACGUGUUCACCGACUACAUCUCCAUCGUCAUGCUGAUGAUCGCCGUGUUCGGAGGGACGCUGCAGGUCACCCAGGACAAAAUGAUCUGUUUGCCCUGUAAAUGGGUUACCAAAGACUCUUGCAAUGACUCUGUCAGGGGAUGGACAGUGGCAGCCCCGGAGCGUCCCUACUACAACACCAGUCUUGUUUCCUCUGCUGAUUCGGGGCCUACAGGGAUCCGAUACGAUCUGGACCGGCACCAGUACAACUACGUGGAUGCGGUGUGUUACGAGAACCGUCUGCACUGGUUUGCCAAGUAUUUUCCUUAUCUGGUGCUGCUACAUACCCUCAUCUUUCUGGCUUGUAGCAACUUCUGGUUCAAGUUCCCAAGGACCAGCUCCAAGCUGGAGCAUUUUGUGUCUAUUUUGCUUAAGUGUUUUGACUCUCCAUGGACAACGAGAGCAUUGUCUGAGACGGUGGUGGAAGAGAGUGAUACCAAACCAGCAUUUGGAAAAAUGAAUGGCUCCAUGGACAAGAAAUCCUCCACGGUCAGUGAGGAUGUGGAAGCCACUGUUCCCAUGCUGCAGAGAACAAAGUCUCGAAUUGAGCAAGGGAUUGUGGACAGGUCUGAGACUGGUGUCUUGGACAAAAAGGAAGGUGAGCAAGCCAAAGCACUCUUUGAGAAAGUGAAAAAGUUCCGUACUCAUGUGGAAGAGGGAGACAUAGUUUAUCGCCUGUACAUGAGACAGACCAUAAUCAAAGUAAUCAAAUUCAUUCUGAUAAUUUGCUAUACAGUGUACUAUGUCAACAACAUAACGUUUGAUGUAGACUGUAAAGUGGACAUUGAGAGCUUGACUGGCUACAGGAUGUACCGCUGUGCUCAUCCUUUGGCCACUCUCUUCAAAAUCUUGGCUUCUUUCUACAUCAGUCUGGUGAUUUUCUAUGGUUUGAUCUGCAUGUACACACUGUGGUGGAUGUUGAGGCGGUCACUCAAGAAAUACUCCUUUGAGUCCAUCCGGGAGGAGAGCAGUUACAGUGACAUUCCUGAUGUGAAAAAUGACUUUGCUUUUAUGCUCCAUCUGAUCGAUCAGUACGACCCCCUCUACUCCAAGCGCUUUGCUGUCUUUCUGUCAGAGGUGAGUGAGAACAAAUUGCGGCAGCUGAACCUCAACAAUGAGUGGACUUUGGAGAAACUACGCCAGAGGAUCACCAAAAACUCCCAGGAUAAGCUGGAAUUGCAUCUUUUCAUGUUGAGUGGCAUUCCUGACACAGUCUUUGACCUCAUCGAGUUGGAGGUCUUGAAGCUGGAGCUUAUCCCUGAUGUCACUAUUCCCCCCAGCAUUGCUCAGCUCACCAGCCUUAAGGAACUGUGGCUCUACCACACAGCUGCCAAAAUCGAGGCCCCAGCCCUUGCCUUCUUGAGGGAGAAUUUGAAAUCUCUCCACAUCAAGUUCACAGACAUUAAGGAGAUUCCUCUUUGGAUUUAUAGCCUGAAGACGCUAGAGGAGCUUCACCUGACAGGGAAUUUGAGCGCUGAAAACAACCGGUACAUUGUGAUAGAUGGACUGAGGGAGCUGAAGAGGCUGAAGGUGUUGAGGAUGAAGAGUAACCUCACCAAGCUGCCACAGGUGGUGACAGAUGUUGGUGUCCAUCUUCAGAAGCUUUCCAUCAACAACGAGGGCACCAAGCUCAUUGUCCUCAACAGCCUUAAGAAGAUGGUCAACCUGACAGAGCUCGAGCUGAUCCGCUGUGACCUGGAGCGCAUUCCUCACUCAAUCUUUAGCCUCCACAAUCUGCAGGAAAUAGACCUGAAGGACAACAACCUAAAGACUAUUGAGGAAAUCAUCAGCUUCCAGCACUUGCAUCGUCUCACUUGCCUUAAGCUGUGGUACAACCACAUUGCCUACAUCCCCAUGCAGAUCGGCAACCUGACCAACCUGGAGCGCCUUUACCUGAACCGGAACAAGAUAGAAAAGAUCCCCACCCAGCUCUUCUACUGCCGAAAGCUUCGGUACUUGGAUCUCAGCCACAACAACUUAACUUUCAUACCACCAGAUGUUGGACUUCUUCAAAACCUGCAGAAUCUGGCUGUGACAGCCAACAGGAUUGAGAGUCUCCCACCAGAGCUGUUCCAGUGCAGGAAGCUGAGAACCUUGCACCUGGGCAACAACGUGCUGCAGUCGCUGCCCUCGCGGGUGGGAGAGCUGACCAACCUGUCGCAGAUCGAGCUGCGCGGGAACCGCCUGGAGUGCUUGCCCGUGGAGCUGGGGGAGUGCCCGCUGCUCAAACGCAGUGGGCUCGUGGUGGAGGAGGACCUGUUCAACACCCUGCCCUUGGAAGUCAAAGAGCGCCUCUGGAGGGCAGACAAAGAGCAAGCUUGAACUCCCGAGGAAAGGGGAAAGCCUCUGAUCAACUAGAAGGAAGCAAAAGGCCAUUUCAGUCCCCUUUCACCCAGAUGCUCCCCUUUCUCCACUCCAAUCACUAUCAAACUGGCCAAGGAGUACUUGACAAACAUGACUCUGAAUGAGUCAGCUUCUUGCCUCAGAUGCAGGAUGGGGGAGGCUUGGGAUCAGGAUGAGGAUCAAGACAGAUUAAUUGGCCUCUGAGCAGGGCCCAGGGGGAAUUAGAGGUGUUGCUGUUCUUCUGAACAGGAAUUGGGGUGAGGUGGAUGGUGCUGCUGAGAAGAAAUGACCUUUGAACGGAGGAGAAAAUGAAUGUGGGGAUUGCUGCAUUGCUCCUAACAGGGCUGGUAUGUGUCAGGGGCUGAGGGAGUCCAGUGUCCUGCAAGCAAAGAUCAAGAGACAAGGAAACCUCUUGAACCUCCAUCUCUGUGACAGCUGGACUCAGAUUCAGUCAGUGAGCCCCCAGACUGGGGUGGGAUAGGACACAGACAGCUGAUUUUAUCUCGAUGCUGGCAUUAGGAUUUGGGAGAUAAACAUCUCGCAGCUGCUUGAAGGCAGAAUUUUUUUUUUUUACUAAUUUUCUUUCCCCUUUGCACACUCCCUACCUUCUCCUCUGCUCCUGGAGAAGGAACCAAACCUUUAAGAUUGCACUACUGUAAUGAUUUCAAGUCACUUGUUGGGGUGAGUAGAUCACAGCAUCCUUCUCCAGCUGAUGUCCUGGAGGCACUGACACAGCUCCAGAGCUUUAGCCUGUUCUGAAAUGGAUGGUUAUAGUGCAGGUGGGAGAUCUGGAUAAAAAGCAGUUGGACUGUCUAAUCUACUCUCUCAGAAGCAUUGAGUUGCUUCUGGCUUUUUAGUUCCAAGUUACUUUUUAAUUGCUGUUAUUUUGUUGCAUAUCAAAUAGAAAUGUACAACUGGCCCGUGUGUCAGGGGCUCUCAUGGGGCUGGAGAGGAAAUUGGGGCUUCCUCUGCACCUCUUGUCCCCCAUUCUGCCUUCCCCCAAAAUGAAGUUGUUAAAUUAAGUUGUUCAGUGCUCUGCCAGUGUUUUUCAUGGAUGCAGUCUAGAGAGCUGCUUGAUUGCUCUCUUCUGUUGUUCCCCUCACUUUAACAGCUGUCAGUUCCUGUUACACCUCUUGACCUAAAUAGGAGGCUAACACUGAUUGAACCUGGUGCUGGAAAAGAAAUCUUGUCCUCUUGUUUGUUCCUUCCCUUUUCAUUCCCUCAGUGUUAAGGAGGAGAAUGAGAAUCCUCUGUGGACUGAGCUCUUCUGACUUCCUGAAACAGAGCAGCCUUUACUGAAACAAGUUCAACCUGUUUGGUGGUAUUUGUCAAAAAACCCCUCAACCUUCUGGGCUGGCAGAGGUAGAUAAUGUGUAACAGUUACUGAUUAUCUUGUCCUUAAGGUGGGGUGGUUAAGAUGCCUCCAGGACACAAAGGUUUUCAUUUUUCCAUCAGAAGGAAGAGGAGGCACCUGGACCUACAGGUCCUGCUUGUAACAUUCUGCAUCAGGUUGGCUCCAAGGUGCAGUGCUGCAAGCUGGGGGAUGAGAAGUUUGGAGGCCUCCCAUGUGUACAGAGGGGGAAGCUCCAUCCAGCUCCAGAGUGAUUCCUGACAAUCUGCCAGGAGUGCCCUGGCUUCCACCUGGCUUGUGGUGAUCCCGUGGAUGCUGGGGCAAUAAGGCACAGUGUGGCUCUCUUCAUCAGAUGUAAGAUAUGAAAUAUAUAUAUACUAAAUAUGCUGAAACCAUGAACAAUGUUAACUGGACUCUGGAUUUAUUGAUGUUCAGAUGCUUAAAUAAAGCUACAUUAAAAUCAGGA